UCAGAGCGGAUCUUUUUUUCCUCUUUGUUCGUUUUCUGGAUUGACUUUAUUUUCUUUUUUCUAUUUUUCUUUUUCCCGACACGGAGACUUUUAGUCCUUGCCUGAUCCAAGUGCUGCCUGUCGACGCCUGCCCAUCCUCGCUGCCGACAAUCCAAUACGCACCCCAAGGACUCUUCCAUCCAGCCAAAGCCGCGCGCGCCCCAUCGUCUCGCGUCCUCUCCCGUUCGAACAAAGCCCCACGGCACCUCGCCCCCAUUUUUUUUUUUUUUUUCAUUUUCAAUCACUCCCCGCUUUUUCUUUUUUCCCGCAUUGUGCACUCUGCGUCGCAAAAUGUUUCACCAACUCACGCCGUUGUUGGAGCACAAGCUGGAGAGUCUGACACCUGUGACGGUUGUCUCCGAGACUGCCUCGACGCCAGCCACCGCGACGCCAGCCACCGUGGCCCCAGCCACAAAGCUGGUGCCCGCAUUUGAAGUCACCGACGACGAAUCAGGCGACGCGUCGUGCCCAGCGCCCGUCACGUAUCUGGACUUGUCGCGCAAAAAGCUCAAGACCCUGCCGGCCAGCGUGCUCGAGCACCGUUCCACGCUGCAAGUGUUAAAUCUGAGCCACAACCAGCUCUCCGAGUUGCCGCCAGAGCUAUUCGAGCUAACCGAGCUACGCUCGCUGAAUAUAUCCAACAACCCGAUCGCCUCGUUGCCCGACACGUUUGAGCGCUUGCCGCAGCUGCGUACAUUGACGUGCAACAACAUGGCGCUCACCACCGUGACGGACAACCUGGUUCGGUGCCGCCAGCUCGUGUCGGUCUACUUUGGCGGAAACCAGCUCAAAGAGUUUCCCCUCGUGCUCUGCUUCAUCACCACCCUCAAGUACCUGUACAUUGGCGCCAACCAAAUCCACUCGCUGCCCGCUGAAAUCUCGCAGCUUUCCGAGCUCGAGGUGCUGUAUCUUGGCGGCAACAAGCUCGAGCGACUGCCCGCGCAGAUUGGCUUGCUGAAGAAGCUGAAUGUUCUCUUCCUCGGUGACAACUCGCUCGUCGAACUGCCUGUUGAGAUCACCGAUCUCGACAGCCUCAUGACAUUGAACGUGCACAGCAACAAGCUGUCGGCGCUGCCCAUGGGCUUGCUCCAACUUCCUCGGCUCGAGGAGCUCUCGCUGCGAAACAAUCCCCUUGUGACAGACUUUGUUCGCACCAUCCCACUCACGCCUCCGUCGCUGAAAGAGCUUGCCGGUCGCGUCAUCAAGAACCAGGAAAUCCCCUACAGCAAGGAGACUCUUCCUCUCGAUCUUGUCGAACUGCUCAACACUGGCCGCGUUUGCGAAAACCCCAACUGCCGUGGCGUCUACUUUUCCGACCGCUGCGAGAGCGUUCAAUUUGUUGAUUUCUGCGGCAAGUACCGCGUGCCCUUUAUGCAGUAUCUGUGCUCGCCGCGUCACGCCGACUCUGAUUAUUCCGCCAAGCGCAGGGCAGACGAAGCCCUCGCCAGCGAGCAAGCAGCGCGAAAUGCUACGGCUAUGCGCAUGCAGGCUUUGCGCGACGAGCUCGAGGCUGGGCGUCUCGCAACGGAGGUCAAUCUGGACCUUUCCUUGCAGGAUUUGGGCGCCUCCCUUUCAUCGUCGUCGUCAUCGUCAUCAGCAUUAUCAUCAUCAUCAUCAUCAUCAGCAUCAUCAUCAUCAGCAUCAUCAUCAUCAGCAGCUGCUGCGGCUGCACCGACUGACGUACGACUGUCAGCAGCGUCCUCGUCCUCGUCCUCACCGUCAGCCUCCGAACCCAGCACGUCUUCCCCAGCACCUCUCCGAGAGCUCAACUCGCUCGAGUUGCGACUCCUCAAGCUGGUGGAAAACGAAGCGUGGAUUCCCGUAUAGCCCUGUGCCAAUUUUCGUUUCAAAGCUUUUGGAUUAAGACUUGUUGAUAGCUCCUUUGAUUUCCUGCCAUUAAACUAAUGUAUUGUGUUACUUGCGC